GACUGAUAACAUCAGACAGCAUCUGGAAAAAUUCUAGGGACAUAUUCAAAUUUGGAUCAUUUCCACCAGCUGUCAUGGCAAUGUAGCAGCACUGUCUCAAAGUCUGAAUCUGAGCCAGGAAAGGCCUUAAUUCUUGGCUUAUUUAUGAUGUGUUCAUCAGAGAAGUCAAAGCACUUGAAUGACGUUUUCUAUCAACAAGUACAUACCGAGUGAGCACUGCUAAUGAAUUCCACGUCAUGCUGAAAACUGCAGACGCUCGGAAGGACUGUAGGACAUAUUUCUGCUCUCAGUGGAAGCUAAUUGGGGUACAUGGAGCCUCUUUGACUAAGUAGCAAGGAACGGGAAAUGCACUCUGGUUUCAUCUUGGCUUCCAGUUUGUGUGUUCAGACCCAGCUCUGCCUUCCUGCCUUUGACGCAGGGAGCUAAGGGUCUGAAUAAAACCUGUUGGAGGUUGCAAUUAAAUCUUUGUGGACAAAGGGCACACACACGCACAUGUACACAGCAUCCUCAGAUAACAGGAGGCAAUAAAUCCAUCAGCACAUCCACAUUCAGAGAACGGCAUCCCUGCUGUCUUGCUAACAGCUGCCAGUACCUCCCUGAGUGCCUCACACCGAGAUGGGCUCUAAGACUCCCUCCCCUCUUCUAUAAAGGCUGCAGGAGACCUGUAGCUGUCACAGGACCUUCCCUGAGAGCCUGCAGAGGAAGACUGCCCCAGCCCAGCCCUCAUCAUGCUCCGGACUGUUCUGGGCGCUUCCCAGGGGUUGCUGAAGGAGGGGAGAGAGUCUCGGCAGCUGGUGCUGGUAGUGGUAUUUGUCGCUCUGCUCCUGGACAACAUGCUGCUUACUGUGGUGGUGCCAAUUGUGCCAACCUUCCUAUAUGCCAUGGAGUUCAAAGAAGUCAACUCUUCUCUGCACCUCGGUCAUGCGGGAAGUUCCCUGCAUGCCCUCACCUCUCCUGCCUUUUCCACCAUCUUCUCCUUCUUUGACAACAACACCAUGGCUGUUGAAGAAAGCGUGCCCAAUUCCACAGCAUGGGUGAAUGGCACUGCCAGCACCGUUCCCCCUCUGGCCACUGAAGCCAUCUCAGCUCAUAAAAACAACUGCUUGCAAGGCACAGAAUUCCUGGAGGAAGAGAAUACCCGGGUCGGGGUUCUGUUUGCUUCAAAGGCUGUGAUGCAACUUGUGGUCAACCCAUUCGUGGGCCCUCUCACCAACAGGAUCGGAUAUCAUAUCCCCAUGUUUGCUGGCUUUGUUAUCAUGUUUCUCUCCACAGUUAUGUUUGCUUUUUCUGGAACCUAUACUCUACUCUUUGUGGCUCGAACCCUUCAAGGCAUUGGAUCUUCUUUUUCAUCUGUUGCAGGUCUUGGGAUGCUGGCCAGUGUCUACACUGACGACUAUGAGAGAGGACGGGCCAUGGGAAUCGCACUGGGGGGCCUGGCCCUGGGGGUGCUGGUAGGAGCACCCUUUGGAAGUGUAAUGUAUGAGUUUGUUGGGAAGUCUGCGCCGUUCCUCAUCCUGGCCUUCCUGGCGCUACUGGAUGGAGCACUCCAGCUUUGCAUCCUACAGCCUUCCAAAGUCUCUCCUGAGAGUGCCAAGGGGACUCCGCUCUUUACGCUUCUCAAAGACCCUUACAUCCUGGUGGCUGCAGGGUCCAUAUGCUUUGCCAACAUGGGAGUUGCCAUCCUGGAGCCCACAUUGCCCAUCUGGAUGAUGCAGACUAUGUGCUCCCCCAAGUGGCAGCUGGGUCUAGCUUUCUUGCCAGCCAGUGUGUCCUACCUCAUUGGCACCAACCUCUUCGGUGUGUUGGCCAACAAGAUGGGUCGGUGGCUGUGUUCCCUAAUCGGGAUGCUGGUAGUAGGUACCAGUUUGCUUUGUGUUCCUCUGGCUCACAACAUUUUUGGUCUCAUUGGACCCAAUGCAGGCCUUGGUCUUGCCAUAGGCAUGGUGGAUUCCUCUAUGAUGCCCAUCAUGGGACACCUGGUGGAUCUACGCCACACUUCGGUGUAUGGGAGUGUCUACGCCAUCGCUGAUGUGGCUUUUUGCAUGGGCUUUGCUAUAGGUCCAUCCAUUGGGGGUGCCAUUGUGCAGGCCAUCGGUUUCCCCUGGCUCAUGGUCAUCAUUGGGGUCGUCAACAUCAUCUAUGCUCCACUCUGCUACUACCUGCGGAGCCCCCCAGCCAAGGAGGAGAAGCUUGCUAUUGUGAGCCAGGAGUGCCCCAUGGAGACCCGGAUGUAUGCAACCCAGAAGCCCAUGAAGGAAUUUCCCCUGGGGGAGGACAGUGAUGAAGAAACUGACCAUGAGGAGUAGCUGCAGAAGGUGCUCCCUGAAUUUCAUGCCUCAGUGACCACGUCUUUCCCUGGGACCAGAUCACCAUGGUUGAGCCCAGGGCUCAGUGGGCUUCACAUCCCUCUCCCUGGGUAUUUCUUUCUUCCCAUGGACACUGUCCCCAAUGCUCUCUCACCUGUGUAACCCGUAGCUCUCCCUCUAUGCCUCAGUGGCCCAUCUUUUGUGGGAGGACAGAGUGAUGCACCCUCCCAGGCUGCUGUGAGGUUGAUUAAACUUGAGCUGUGAUGGAUUCUGCAAGAGGUGACUCAUUUCAUGGAGGCGGCAGUGAGCAAUAUGUGCCUGGAGCCAGUGGCGCGACUGACAAACCUCGCUUAUCUGUUGCCUGAUUUUCUUUGGCAUAGUUCCAACAGACUGUAAGAGUUUUAUCCUCUGUUCCUCAACAUGUCUCUUCCUGGGUUUUCCCAGCUGAGUUGAGAAAAUGUUCUCAACAUGUCCUGCCAAGUGCCAGCUUGAAGAGUUUUUUGCUUUUUUUUUUUUUUUUUUUUUUUUUUUUUAAAUAAAGUGAGUGAUUUUUCUGUGGCUAAAUCUACAGCUGCAAAGAGGGCUUUACCCUCAGUAAAAAGCAUCUUCUAUUUUCGUUAUUAUUCAGAAAGGGGAAGAGCCCAUUUCUCUUAUGCUGGAGUUAUUGACAUUCUCUUAACCUCCCCUGUGUGUUCCUAUCUUUUCUGAACCUCUUAGACUCUUAGAAAUGAAAGUAGAAGAAAGGCAGAAAAAUAAUUCAUAAGACCCAAUAUUUCAUGGGAAGUAGUGAAAAGAAAUCCCUCCCGAUUGUAGAUUUCCUAAUAGGAGGAGUGUAAUGAGGCAUUGUUCAUACUUGCUAAUAAAUACAUCAUUGCCUAAUUCA